AGCUAUCGUAAAACUUUUAUCGUUUGUUCAGGCUCCCACUAAGAUACAAGUUCUUCAGAGCUGGUGCACACGAUAACAGAGGAAACAUGCCUAACAGCGGAUGUUAUCUGUCGAGAGAUCCCCCUGAUAUUGAGAAUCUCUUGUCACUGAAUCCGAGAGUGUACUGCAGAGCUAGCGUUGUUCCUAGCGCUCAAACAAAAGUCAACAAAAAGAACUGGAAAAGAAAUGCUGAUAAGAAAUGUGGAACACAUCGCCCUUUAAAAAAUGACUUUGAUGAUAUAAAGCACACAACACUCAGUGAAAGAGCCGCCCUUAGAGAAGCGGCGAGAUGCUUAAAAUGCGCCGAUGCUCCAUGUCAAAAAGGUUGUCCAACUCAAAUCGACAUCAAAGCAUUUAUCAGUUGUAUCUCUACUAAAAAUUAUUAUGGUGCUGCAAAACUUAUUCUCUCAGACAAUCCUGCAGGAUUGUCGUGUGGAAUGGUAUGUCCAACAAGUGAUCUUUGCGUCGGUGGGUGCAAUUUAUACGCUAGUGAAGAAGGACCAAUCAAUAUAGGAGGUUUACAACAAUUUGCUGUUGAAACUUUUAUGAAGAUGAAACUUCCUCAAAUAAGGGAUCCAAAUCUAUUCAAUGGAAAAAAUCCGCCUGAGAGUUUUCAUUCGAAAAUAGCAAUUAUUGGUUGUGGUCCUGCUGGUGUCAGUUGUGCUACGUUCUUGGGAAGACUAGGGUACACAGAUAUUACAGUAUUUGAGAAAGAAGAAUAUGUGGGUGGUUUAAGCUCAUCUGAAAUACCUCAGUAUCGUCUUCCUCAAGAAGUUGUACGUUUUGAAGUUGAUCUUAUGAAAGAUUUAGGUGUGAAGAUAGAAUUCAACAGGUGUUUUGGUGAUAACUUCGAUCUGAUAUCUUUAAAAGAUUCAUACAAAGCGGUGUUCAUUGGAAUUGGCUUGCCAGAACCAAAAGUCAUUCCAAUUUUUGCCGAUUUGACAGAAGAGAAUGGCUUUUAUACUUCGAAAACAUUUCUGCCAACUGUGGCGAAAGCUAGCAAACCUGGCAUGUGUCCUUGUAAACAGCAAUUGCCAAAAAUAUUUGGGAAUGUUAUUGUUCUGGGUGCGGGAGACACGGCAUUUGACUGCGCCACGUCAGCUAUAAGGUGUGGUGCCAGAAAAGUUUUUGUCGUCUUUAGAAGAGGAGUGACAAAUAUAAGAGCUGUACCUGAAGAAGUGGAAUUGGCAAGAGAGGAAAAAUGCGAGUUCAUACCUUUCCUGUCGCCCAAAAGAGUCAUCUUGCACGAAGGCAAGAUCCAUGCCAUGGAGUUCUGCCGCAACGAAGAGGAUGAAAAAGGAAACUGGAUAACUGACGAAGAGCAGAAGAUUACCCUCAAGGCAAAUUUCAUUAUAUCGGCUUUCGGUUCCACGCUGAAAGAAGAAAAAGUAAUCAAAGCUUUAUCGCCACUGGAAUUGACGAGCGACGGUCUUCCAAAAGUCAAUCUUCAUACCAUGCAGACCUCUGAACCGUGGGUGUUUUGUGGAGGGGAUCUGGCAGGAAUUUCAGAAACAACAGUCGAAGCUACAAAUGAUGGAAAAACAGCUGCUUGGUACAUCCAUAGCUACAUUCAGUCUUUACACAAUGCAAAGGUACCUGAAACGCCAUCUCUACCACCUUUCUUCACACCUGUGGAUCUAGUAGAUCUAAGCGUCGAGCUUUGUGACUUGAAGUUCAAAAAUCCUUUUGGUUUAGCGAGUGCUACGCCCACCACGAGCAGUCCUAUGAUAAGACGAGCUUUCGAGGCUGGCUGGGGUUUCGCACUUACUAAAACAUUCGCACUGGAAAAGGAUAUUGUCACAAAUGUUUCGCCGAGAAUCAUCCGAGGAACUACAUCUGGCCAUGUCUACGGACCCGGUCAAGGCUCUUUCCUCAACAUUGAACUUAUUAGUGAGAAAACUAUGGCGUAUUGGUUGCGCAGUAUAAAGGAGCUGAAAGAGGACUUUCCAGAUCAUAUUAUCAUUGCCAGCAUUAUGUGUGCCUAUGACGAACAAGACUGGACGGAGUUGGCAAAGUUGGCGGAAGAAGCCGGUGCGGAUGCUUUGGAAUUGAAUCUAUCUUGUCCUCAAGGAAUGGGUGAAAGAGGAAUGGGCUUAGCCUGCGGUCAAGAUCCUAAUAUUGUAGAAAAUAUCUGUAAAUGGGUAAGAAAAGCAGUGAAGAUUCCGUUUUUUCCAAAACUGACACCCAAUGUCACAGAUAUAGUAAGCAUUGCAAAAGCAGCGCACAGAGGUAACGCUGACGGAGUUACGGUUACAAAUACUGUCUCUGGACUUAUGGGACUGAGAGGUAAUGCAACACCGUGGCCAGCAGUUGGUAAAGAGCAACGAACAACUUACGGGGGAGUUUCUGGAAAUGCCAUUAGACCCAUAGCUCUCAGGGCGGUUUCUGCGAUAGGCAACGCUAUACCAGGAUUUCCAAUAUUAGCUACAGGUGGCAUAGAUUCUGCUGAUGCUGGUUUGCAAUUUUUACAUGCAGGUGCCACUGUUUUGCAGGUUUGCAGUGCUGUCCAAAAUCAAGACUUAACAGUGAUAGAUGAUUACAUAAUGGGGCUAAAAGCAUUGCUUUAUUUGCAAACUCUACCUCAUACAGAGGAUUGGAAUGGACAAUCUCCCCCGACUAUAAAGCAACAAAAAGGCAAACCUGUAAUCGAUAUAGAAAGCAUAGUGCACAAGAAACUUCCGAAUUUCGGAGCUUUCCUGUCACAAAAACAAGCAAUAAUAUCGGAAUUAAAAGCUCAUCAAGAUUUAUUAAAUGAUAGUCUGGUAUACAAAAGAUCAAUCAGUGAACCACAAAAAUCUGUACCAAGAGUAAAGGAUGUUAUAGGAAAAGCUCUGAACUAUAUAGGAAGUUUUUCGAGACUAGACACAGCACAACAGAUGGUAGCUUUAAUAGAUGAGGACACCUGCAUUAACUGUGGAAAAUGUUAUAUGGCAUGCAAUGAUUCAGGAUAUCAAGCUAUUACAUUUGAUCCCGUCACCCAUUUCCCUAAAGUGACAGAUGAGUGUACUGGAUGCACACUCUGUUUAUCAGUAUGCCCAAUAAUAGACUGUAUCCGCAUGGUUGCUCGCCAAACACCUUAUGAGCCAAAAAGAGGGUUGCCAUUAAAUACUCCAAUACAACAAAUAAAAAGAGAACCAAUGCCGGCUCAGUAAUUUCUCUAUUUAUUAACUGUUUUACUUUUUUAAAUAAAUGUUAUUUCGUACUUCUGAUUAUGAUUUUGAAUAAAAUUAUAUCAUAAAAUGA